GUGAUUGGCUCAGCAUGGUCACAUGGAAUAAAUUGUAUGACUUUCCCCACAUUGGUGGUGCUCCUGGUUGGUGAUUGGCCCAGCAUGGUCACAUGGAAUAAAUUGUAUGACUUUCCCCACGUUGGUGGUGCUCCUGGUUGGUGAUUGGCCCAGCAUGGUCACAUGGAAAGAGUUGUAUGACUUUCCCCACGUUGGCGGUGCUGCUGGUUGGUGAUUGGCCCAGCAUGGUCACAUGGAAAGAGUUGUAUGCUGCGCGGGAAAUGGUCCCCGGGACCUGGAUGGAGCGGUGAGGGAGAGGAGUUAAAGGUGGACCUGUCCUGCUGGGGAGGGAGGAUUAAAGAGUACCUGUUGCUUUGCUCUAGUAGUUCCAUACCAGCUGCUGUACUUCUUUUUGGCGACAGGCAUCCAGUGAUUUUGUUUGCGUGAUUUUAACGCGAUUUGUUGUGGCAAAAUCGAGUCGCGAUCUGGGUGCUAUUGGAAGUGACGGGGAUCUUACGGGCGUCCGGCGAUUUGCCGCUAUUUCGAAAUGCAUGCAGAAUUCCUGCGAUUCUGCCCGCGAUUCGGAACGCUCAGAUGUAAAUGGAGACUUUAAAUUAGAUGCAGACAUACAUGUGAAGACGAUUUUUAUACCUUGUGAUCUGCUUUCCUCUUCUGCAGACCUUAUUUAACCCCAACAAGACGGUGGUGAAGAUGUUUCUCGUCACGUACGAUUUCAAGGACAUGCCAGCAAACCACGUCACCUUCCUGCGCCAUCGCAUCUUCCUAGUGCCUGUGCAGGAGAACGAGGAGGAGAACGAGGAACAGGGGGACGCCAGGGGCGGAGCUGCUAAGGAGAAAGCCAAGAGGAUUCUCUGCUACCUCAUGCACCUGAGGUUUCAGCGGUCGAAAUCCGGGAAGAUUUACCUCAACGAAGACAUUCGCUUACUCUUCUCCCGCAAAUCCAUCGAGGUGGACACUGGCAUCCCCUAUGAACUCAAAUCCUUCACGGAAGCCCCCAAAAACCCCAAAUACUCCCCGCGGAUUUGAGGACGGUGCACUAGGGAGGACACCGAUGGGCUGAGCGUCCUCCUUUAGACUGUACCCCUCUAUAUCUCCUCAGUUCACACACCUUAUUUAUUACCCGCACCCCCUGCUACCCCCCCCCCCCCCCCCCGCCUCUGGUCUCUGGAGUGGCUGGCGCACUCGUUUCCCUUGCAGAGGGAGAUGUAAAAAUGGCAGCCACUCUUCUUAUGUCUAUCCGCUGGCCCGAUCCAGUUCUUUUAGCCGAAACCCAGAAGAGAUCUUUUUUUUUUCUGAAUCACUUGUCUGUUUUUGCUAAUUACUUUACCACAAUGUACCUGAAUUAUGGCGGGGGCCACAUAUUCUGGGCGCCCAGUGUAGAGAGCGAUAACGUUAAGAGAAAUGGAAAUUUAUCUGACUUCUAGCUUUUUUUGUGUGUGCCGAGAAUGUUGAUGAGGUAGAGCCGCUGCUUUCAUGCGCGACGAAUGCCGGGCAAAUGGCACCAAUCCAAACAACCAAUUAAAACACUGACUUAAUCGAAUGCUAAAAGCUCAUUGGUCACUAAGGGUUAACCAUCCUUUGCUCAUCGCUGCUUUAUCCAAUAAGUCCAAAUAGUACCCAAUUCUAUAGGACACAGGUCACAAUGCUUAGUGUAUUAACUCAUAUCAGCCAAUCAGAGACUACCUUUCAUUGUCCUGACUGGUUAUUCUUGUUAAUUGCAAACCACUGCCACAUUAAACAAACCCAGUACAGUCCAAAUAGCUGCGGUAAUAUGACUAGGAUAGAUAUGGUGAUAAAAUUCUAGGGUUAAAAUACCUUGCUUUAUAUAGAUGUAGACUAGUGAUGGUCAACUUACUUGGCAUAUGGGGCCUCAAUGUGGCCCCUGACAUCCCCAAAGGGCUGCAUAUAAUAGUUGGU